UUUGCGGACGCACGCACGUCGAGGUGCUGCUGCCGGGAGCUGCGGAGGCUGCGGGUUUGAGCUUCGGAGGCUGCGGGGUUGGUCUGCGGCGGCUGCAUUGGCUGCGGCUGGCCCGCCCGCGGCUGGAGGUUGGAGAGAAAUCCAGGUACUCAGUUGACCGGUCCUUUCUGCUGCCAUGGGGGAGCUUUUCCGGAGUGAGGAGAUGACACUGGCCCAGCUUUUUCUACAGUCAGAAGCUGCUUAUUGUUGUGUCAGUGAGUUAGGAGAACUCGGAAAGGUUCAGUUUCGUGAUUUAAAUCCAGAUGUGAACGUUUUCCAGCGGAAAUUUGUGAAUGAAGUUAGAAGAUGUGAAGAAAUGGAUCGAAAGCUUCGAUUUGUUGAGAAAGAGAUAAGGAAAGCCAAUAUCCCAAUUAUGGACACUGGCGAAAACCCAGAGGUGCCCUUCCCCCGGGACAUGAUUGACUUAGAGGCCAAUUUUGAGAAGAUUGAAAAUGAACUGAAGGAAAUCAACACAAACCAGGAAGCUCUGAAGAGAAAUUUCCUGGAACUGACUGAAUUAAAAUUUAUACUUCGCAAAACUCAGCAGUUUUUCGAUGAGGCUGAAUUGCAUCAUCAGCAGAUGGCGGAUCCAGACCUGUUGGAAGAAUCCUCAUCCCUCUUGGAGCCAAGUGAGAUGGGAAGAGGCACGCCUUUAAGACUUGGCUUCGUGGCUGGUGUGAUUAACCGGGAGCGCAUCCCUACUUUUGAGCGCAUGCUUUGGCGGGUGUGCCGGGGGAAUGUGUUCCUGCGGCAGGCUGAAAUCGAGAACCCCCUGGAGGAUCCUGUGACUGGAGACUACGUGCACAAGUCUGUGUUCAUCAUUUUCUUCCAAGGCGAUCAGCUGAAAAACAGAGUCAAGAAGAUCUGUGAAGGGUUCCGGGCCUCACUCUAUCCCUGUCCUGAGACGCCACAGGAGAGGAAGGAGAUGGCUUCUGGAGUUAAUACCAGGAUUGACGAUCUCCAAAUGGUUCUGAAUCAAACGGAGGAUCACCGCCAGAGGGUUCUGCAGGCAGCUGCUAAGAACAUCCGCGUCUGGUUCAUCAAAGUGCGGAAGAUGAAGGCCAUCUACCACACUUUGAACCUGUGCAACAUAGAUGUGACCCAGAAGUGCCUGAUUGCGGAGGUCUGGUGCCCCGUCACUGACCUUGACUCCAUCCAGUUUGCGCUCAGAAGGGGCACGGAACACAGUGGCUCCACCGUGCCCUCCAUCCUGAACAGGAUGCAGACAAACCAGACUCCCCCAACCUACAACAAAACCAACAAGUUCACAUGUGGCUUUCAGAACAUAGUCGAUGCUUAUGGAAUUGGAACUUACCGAGAGAUAAAUCCAGCUCCAUAUACCAUCAUCACUUUCCCUUUCCUAUUUGCUGUGAUGUUUGGGGACUUUGGCCACGGCAUUUUGAUGACCCUUUUUGCUGUAUGGAUGGUGUUAAGGGAGAGCCGGAUCCUCUCCCAGAAGAAUGAGAAUGAGAUGUUUAGCACUGUGUUCAGCGGACGGUACAUUAUUCUGCUGAUGGGAGUGUUCUCCAUCUACACUGGCCUCAUCUACAAUGAUUGCUUUUCCAAGUCUCUUAAUAUCUUCGGGUCAUCCUGGAGUGUGCGGCCAAUGUUUACUUUAUACAAUUGGACAGAAGAGACGGUUCGGGGGAACCCUGUCCUCCAGCUGAACCCAGCUGUCCGUGGAGUUUUCGGUGGACCAUAUCCUUUUGGCAUCGAUCCAAUUUGGAACAUUGCUACCAAUAAACUGACCUUCCUCAACUCCUUUAAGAUGAAGAUGUCUGUUAUCCUUGGUAUCAUCCACAUGAUGUUUGGAGUCAGCCUGAGCCUUUUCAACCAUACCUAUUUCAAGAAGCCCCUGAAUAUCUACUUUGGAUUUAUUCCGGAAAUAAUCUUCAUGACCUCUUUGUUUGGCUACUUGGUCAUCCUUAUUUUUUACAAGUGGACAGCCUAUGAUGCUCACACAUCUGAGAAAGCGCCAAGCCUUCUGAUCCAUUUCAUAAACAUGUUCCUCUUUUCCUACGGGGACUCUGGUAAUUCGAUGCUGUAUUCUGGACAGAAAGGAAUUCAGUGUUUCCUGGUAGUGGUUGCACUGCUGUGUGUCCCUUGGAUGCUGCUGUUUAAACCACUGGUCCUUCGCCAUCAAUAUUUGAGGAGGAAGCAUUUGGGAACUCUCAACUUUGGUGGGAUCAGGGUGGGCAACGGACCGACAGAGGAGGAUGCUGAGAUUAUUCAGCAUGACCAGCUCUCCACCCAUUCAGAGGACGCAGAGGAGCCUACCGAGGAUGAAGUGUUUGAUUUUGGGGACACCAUGGUCCACCAGGCCAUCCACACCAUUGAGUACUGCCUGGGCUGCAUCUCCAACACCGCCUCCUACCUGCGGCUCUGGGCCCUCAGCCUCGCUCACGCACAGCUGUCGGAGGUGCUUUGGACCAUGGUGAUCCACAUCGGCCUAAGCGUGAAGAGCUUGGCGGGAGGUUUGGCGCUGUUCUUCAUCUUCGCCGCCUUCGCCACCCUGACUGUGGCCAUCCUCCUGAUCAUGGAGGGCCUCUCAGCCUUCCUCCACGCGCUGCGGUUACACUGGACGUACUUGGUAGUGAGCCUCAGGAAAUGUCCACAGAAAAGCACAGCUCGCUCUCACAGCCGCCAGGGAGGACGCUCUGGUGAGUGCUGUCACAGUUGCUCUCCCUGUCUCCAGCCUUCUUCAGCGCUCUUGAUGAUGGCUUAAAAGAUCUGCUGGGGUUUUUCGUUUGUUUGGGGGUUUUUCGCACUGGCAUAUAACUCUCUCCUGUCUUCAGAGCAAUGAAAGCAGCUCUGGAAUAGAUUCUACGUCCGGGAAAGUGCUAGAGCACACUGUGCCCUCAUUUCGUCCCCCUUAUUCUGUCAUCGUGCCAGUGUCUUUGGGUAGGACCCCUGGCAGCUCUAUGUGAGCAGGGGGAUUCUUGGCUCCAUAGCACGCUAGCUCAGUACACUGAAGCAGCUUCUUCGGAAGGGCAGGUUUUGGAUUUGUUAGUUUUCUUUAAUGUCGUUUUUGGCUCUUAAUGGCUCUGCAUGGAGAUAGCUCAGCCCCAGGCAGUGGGAGAUCUGGGGUCUGGUCUGGACCGUGACUCCAUGACCUCAAAGUAAGGUUGCCAGGUUUAGCAAGUAAAAUUACAGAGCACUCAGUUACGUUUGGAUUUCAGAUAAACGAUGAAUAUUUUUUUACUGUAUUUCCCGAAUGUCCGUGGGACAUACUAAAAACUGGGCAUCCCGUACUUUAUCUGGCUACCCUACCUCAAACGCUACAUCUUCGAGUCUCCACUUCCGCCUUCACAUUAUGAUUCUCCCUCUCUUUUGGGGUCCAGUGGCUCUGGAAGCUCCAGACCCUCUCCUCAGAGAAACACCCCCUCAAUGUGUGCACACACAGUUUUACCAGUUUAGGGGCUCACAAACUCACUGACCCUACCUUAGGACUCCCUAGACGAGAUGAUCUGUGGUGUUAAUGACCUCAAGGUCAGAAGAGGGCCGUGACUGUCUCUUUCCAUCACUUCUCGAAACCUGAAGAAAACCAAAAUCUGAAGCUGAGAAACCUCUUCCCCACUCCCUUUAUCUUUGAUUUUUCUCCUGGCUUGGUUACAGCUGAGCCUGCUCAAAGAUUCCACCGUUUGUUGUUCUGAAUUACAGAGGUGGGACGUGAGGCAUGUAAGGGUGAGCCGUGGCCAGGAAUUACCCUUCUCUCAAAAGCUCCUCUAGAAGACUCUGUCCUGCUGCGUCAGUACACGGUGCUUUCUCAGGCCUAGCCCUCUCCUCCCGCCUCCCGUCCCCUCCCCGCCCAGCUGCUGUUUACUGGGAGCCGGGAGGCUGGCCACGCCACCGGCUCUCAGCUUAUCAGCGCACGCUCACCCGGGCACACUUCCUACCACUCAGUGCGAGGGGACGUCUGUGCUGCCACCCUGGGGUGACUCACUUUUUCUUGCCCUCUCGGCUUCCUUUCCUGUUCCCUUCCCGUCUCCUGAGCCCUGGGCUUGAGGGAGCAGUUACCACGCCACCUUGACUGCAGCCCAAGUGGGGAGCCUGUCGCAUCCUCCCUGGGUGGUGGGAGCAGCCAAGGAGCUGGAACAGACCUGUCAGAGCAGUGAGCCAGGCACACCGCGGAGCACGGAGGGCCGCCUGCGCUCAGGCCUGUUGUCCAGAAUGAGCUGAGGCGAUUGGGAGGUCAUGCUUUGCUACCUGCAGGAUUACUUCUUCCUCGGGCUCACCUGCGGCCUUCGAGUGAAGGUGUCUUCCCACGUCCUCGUGAACGAGCCCAGGGAAGUGACAGGUGGCAAGAGAGCAGGCUUCAGAAUCGGGUGACCCGAGUUUAAAUUCCAGCUCUGCCCGUGCUGGCUGGGUGACCCUGAGGAAAGCACUUAACCUCUCUGAACCUCACUUGCUCUCGUGUGAAAAGAGAGGAUAAUGUACACGUGACAAGGUUGCUGUGAUUAAGUAGGAAAUAAUGCACAGACCAAGUGACUGCCGCGGUGCCCUGGCACACCGUAAACCUGUGUUCAGUUGCAGACGCGGCUGCCCUGCGGAGAGGGCUGUGGCCCCUGUAGAGAUCUGCUUCCGGUCUGUUAGAGAGAAGGGAGACCCCAGGGGAAUGCACGUGAUACCACUUGAAUGCCUCGCAGAUGCAGUUUGCAAGGAGUACUUGCAGGGUGGUGGGUGGAUGCUGUUGUUUGGUAGUGGAAAUAUUGGGUAGAAGAGAAAAAACAGUGAAGACUCCUUUGUGCAGCUUUCAGAAUCCCGUCACUGGGGGCCUGUUUGGAGCAUCUCCCCCACCACCAGAAAGGAGUGAAUGAAAUUGGUGCUCAUGCACCCCCUCCUGGCCGAGUGUGGAUAUGCCUCAAGGAUCCCUGGGUCUUAGUCCAGCAGGACUGCAGGAAUUCUGUGUUGAGGCCAUCCUCUUGGGGGUGGGAAUAGCUGGGCCCACUGAAAAUGGCUGCAGGGACGUUGCUGCGAUUUUUCCUGGCGUCCGGCCUGGGCAUCUUCAUACCUGUCACUUUACCCCUGGUGCUCAGCUGGGGUUUCUUGAUUCUGAUGCAAGGGCUGCCCCAUUACACAAGUUCUGGGUCUUUUUGGUGGGGACAAGAAGAAAAACAUGUGAUUUGAAAGCAAGGAUAAACCACAGGUCUGAGGUUCAUGUAGGGUCAUGAGGAGGCAGGUGACAUCUGGAAACAGCAGUGAGCGGGUUCAUGCGCCUGCUAAUUCUGUCUCCUCCUGAGUUACGUCCGUCUCUUUUCCUCCUACCAACUGUGUGUACUGUGCUUGGUCUUCUUGGCUACCAUAAUGAGAUGUCUUUUCUUCCUCAGAAAAGGCAAAGGCAGGGGUGUGAGUUGUGGUUUUCACUGUGGACACCGGAGUGCUAUUAGCAGAAAGACUGCUGCCCCAUGGCCUGCCUUCACAGGAAGCUCAUCCCUUCCUAGCUAACAGAUUCCACAUGAACACUCACAGACUGGGGGCUAACGGGACAGAUUUGGGGACCAGUGUGAUGUAAGGAACUCAGUGGCACCACAGCAGGACCCCGCGGGGUGGCUGAAGGAGUGGCCGCUCAGGAGCACGAGAACACCUGAAAUGUGACCUCAUGGCCCCGGCACUGCGCAGAGAGGGACAGAGCCAUCUUUCUAAAACUGCCUCCCCUCGGUCAGAUCGCCACAGGCAAGGGAAGAGGCCCAGGCUUUCCCCCUUCAUUCACUUGAGAAGACAUGGCUUCUGUCACGUAGCAGGAGAACUCUCUCUCUGGACUUCCAGUUAGUCCUUCUGGGCCACUGGGUUCCCUUUUCCAGGUGCGGGAGCUGGCAGGGGUGACAGAGAACCCCAUCUGACUGCCUGAGGCUCUCCUCACAUCUGCUGAAUCCUGAGAUGCGUUUUAGUGGCCUGGGGCGUGGCAAGGUCCAUGGAGGCGCCCCGAGCAGAGCCCCUCAAGAAGGAAGAACUUGCAGGGCAGCCAGCGGGGCCCCGCUGUGCCCCGGCACAGAGAACUUCAUGUUUAUACUUUCUCAGGAAGCACACAGUUCCCUGGCUGGGAGGGAGGAGAGGGCGGGGAGACCAACAGGGAAACUGCUUUCCAGCUUUGUGCUGGGAGGUUAGGAUGAGCACGGAUGAGAAGGGAGGCGAAGUCAGGCUGAUGCUGAGAUACCCAAGAUGUCCCUGGUGGGGGCCACCCUAAGUCCCUAACCUCGAGCAGCAGCUGGUGGGCGAGGUGGUGUCAGGUGGUGUGUCAGAGGGACCGCCCAUCUGCUCACACAGCAGAAUUUAUGUGCCCCCAUCCCAGGCGCGUGUCCCCUGAUGUAGAUGAGGCAGGCAGGGUGAUGCCAAGAGAAGGGUGGUGAUCCCUCAGGCAUCUGAGAACGUCUGCAGCUUCUCCCUUCACCCAGUCUGGAGUUAGCAUUGUUUGCGUGAUGAGCCAGCCAGAGGUCAAAGUUCCGGAUACCUCACAGACCCCAAGGUGAGCUGCCCACCGGCUGGCCGUACACUAUUGAACAAAGUGAAAUACCAUUGCCGCGCGUGCAGACACAGCCUACCCAGCGUGGAGGAUUCAGUCGUCACCGCAGGGGGCAGGAAGCAGGAACCUGCCCCCAUCCCCACCGCAUUCCCCCGGAGGAGGCCUCAGGAGCUGGGCCCUCUUCUCCAGGUGUUGGGACACAGGGCUGAGUUCUGUGACCGACUGCAGUUUGAAACACCCCCUCCUGGAUCCCAUUUUCUCUGAGGGAGGCUUGGCCGAGACACUGAUGGGACUCCUCCAGGGGCCAGGAGGCUUUGGGGGCCUUGGCGCGGCCCCCGGAAUGCGGGGUCGGGGAGAAGGCUGCCUGUUCUUACGGCCGCACAGAAAAUUCUGUUCCCCUCUUCUCCCCAGCGGGUGGAGCUGGCGGCUCUGCAGUCAGGGUCCUCAGCCAGCGCCCCAGGGCUGAAGGGGCCUCUGAGGACCUCUCGGGGCCACCAGCAGACAGUCCUCUUCCCACUCCCUUUUCACUGAUUCCUCCCUUAUCUUGGAGGGAGGCCGCCCUGGCUGCAGGCUGAAGGCUGAAGGCUGAGUGAGGGGCAUGAAGGUGGAGAGCGUCUUGGCGCCCUGCUGUGCAGUCAAACCGCUGCCUGCAGCCUGCCCCGGGCCCAGCGCAGCCUGCUAUCGCAGGGGUCUCGGGCCCCCAGGGUCACACAGCACUGAGUGGAAACUAUUCCUCAGGGCAGCUCUCCUUGGCUUUUUUAUCCUCUGAAUCAUGCAUUUUUCUGCCCAUAUUUGGUGGUGAUUUGGUUGCUGGGCAGACAUCCAGGGCGAACUCGCAGCCUGGCUCUGCAUACAGGCGUGGACUCCUUCCUGCCCCCUCAGAGUUUGAAGGGCCCAGAGAGACCAUCAGGGAUGGAUGCUGGGCUGCCGGGGAAGGGAGCUAAAGCUGUUUUUCCUUUCAGUCCCCAAGAGAAGAAUUCUUUCUUAGAUGUUUUUGUAGUUGGAGAAUAUUUUUGCCAUUGCUUUGAGAAGACUUCCCCUCCUAACUUCCCCCUUUCCUGGGAAUUUCCUCCCUAAGUCGAAAGCCUCCACCGUUCACUAGCAACCCUCCCUUCUCCUUCCUCCCCCGAGAAGAGAAAUAAACAAGAAAACAGUGGCGCCUGCCAGGGUUCCUUGCGCUGAGCUGGUGGCUACUCAGGCUUCCCUUGGAGGUCCGCUGCAGGCCCUGCCAGGAAGCGGGUGUUGGGGGGACUCUUCUUCAUCGUUAGAGACUCAGGCCAACUGAACGUUUUUUGCACGUGGCCCUCUGCAGAGAGUUUUGCAUAAACACACUCUCUGCUGAGCAGGACGGAGCAGGAACUGAGGCCAAACCGUUGCACUGGUGUGCACUCUUGCCGCGGGCAGGCCCUGGGCGUCACGAGUGGGAGGUUGUGUUAGGAUUAGGGUCGUGUGCGCCAUGAGCAGGACGAGGUCUGGGCUUUGUGGGCGGCAGGAGGCUCGGGGAGCUUGGGGUUGGGUCAUCAUUCUGGCCCAACUGUGGAGUCCCAGAAGGUUUCUGUGGAAUGAUGACUCUCCUCUUCUCU